GCUGGCUGGCCCCUGCUGGUUCAGCUCUUUUUAGCUUCCAGAUUGAUUACACCUUGUGUCAAUAUGUGCUUAGCGCCUAUUAGUGGGUGCGUGUGUCUCCAUUUCUCAUUUCUCCCUUCUGAUCUAUAAUUUCCCAGAAGAGAGGAUUAAAAUAGAGGGGGAGGAGAGCACCAUUCAGGGCCAAAAAGAAAGGGAGAAAACAGUGCUUGUGGGAAAGUUGGGUUGCAAGGCUGGAGCCUGGCUGUCUCACCCCGAUGCCUCUUCCCGUGGGCACGGUCCUGCUUCGGCCGCUGAGAAGGCUGCUCAAAACCGCCCGAGUUAAGUGGUGAAGAGCUGAGCCGUGCCCUGGGGAGGAGAUGCCAGGCUCCCACCGGGACACCCAUGGCCUGAGGCUGGUGGGGGAGAGCGUCCCUGCUCCAUCUCCACCUCGGGGACCGGCACACAGGGGGGAGGAAACUGGGACUGGGAAGAACUUCAGCACUGGCGGGGGAUGCCCAUUCCUGGAGCCGUGGAUGCGAACGGUGCCAGCCCUGUCUUGGGGCAUCUUCAAGGAAGAACGAGGCUACCAGGACAGCGGGAAAGGUUAGCCAUGGCUUUUCCAUCCAGCAGCCGCUGGCCCAUAGGGCUCCUCGCGCUUGAGCACAAAUGGCUUUUUAUAUAUAUAUUUUUGUUUUGUUUUUGUUUCCUGGAAACUGGUAAAAGAUUCUGCAGAAGCUGUGUUGGACACCGGUGGGGAAAUGACCUGGGACACAAAACAGGGUCACCAGCCUCCCUGGGGUGGUUUUGAUGAGCUGCCAGGCAGAAAGUACGAUCCACCAGCCCUGGAGCAUCACCCACCAUCAUCCCACACCGUCCACGGGGCCGGUGGAGGAGCAGGGGGACCCUCGCAGCCGUCAGCUCACCGGUGGGACCCAGGCUUUGCUCUCUGCUUCCCCUGCGGCGCACACAAAAGCACUGAGCCAAGCGGCGCGCGAUGCUCCCAGCACCAUCCCCACCCGUGAGGCUGACGUACCCCCACGAGGGGUCUGCGGGUUCAGCCCUGAGGCUUUUACUGCCACACUGGGAAGAACUUUUUCCCAUUUUCCAACUCCUCUCCCACUCGCAUCACCAUAAAGCCUCGGCCGUUUCAGCCCCUCUCCUGGCACGAGUGACCCCCCCAGCCCCCAGCGCAGUACGGAUGCUGCGAGCCCCAGCACGCGUUGCUCAGGUCCUGACGCCGGGGCUCACCCCAGGGCAGCCCCAGCAGGGCGGGCACCCAGGGAAGGGCCGGUGCUGCCGCUCAGGACCCCCGGGCACGGCCGUGGGGCUGCUCCAUCCAUCCCUCUAUGCUCGCUGCCCACCCAAACCCCAUCUCCGGGCAGGACCACCCCCCCGGCCAUAGCCUGUUCUCCCGGGCAUCUCCUCCUCUCCCCCCUCCCCGAGCUGCAGCACAGGCAGUUACAAACCUGGGGAGCAGGGGCGGGGGGGAAGAAGCAAGGAGCCCGUCCCCGGGGGAUGCUCGCCCCGGCCACGCUGUCCCAGGGGCUGAGCCUGCGUCCCAUCCCAGCAGCGGUGGGGUUAAGCCUGGCCGGGCGGGCGGCUGGCCGGGCGUCAAGGUGGUUGCUCCAUCCAUCCCUGCGCAGUCGGCCCCCGGAGAGCGAGCGCUGCCCUGCCCGCCACCAUGAGUGCAGGCAAAGCGGGGGUCACCCUCGUGCUCCCCUUGACCCUGCUGCUGGCCACCGCCUCCCAGCCCCCCGGGGGGGACAGCCCAAAGGAACCGGGGGACGCAGACCCCCCCCACUGCCCCAGCCCCUGCGCCUGCAGCUUGGACGACUACAGCGAGGAGCUCAACGUCUUCUGCAGCGCCCGCAACCUGACGCGCCUGCCCGAGGACAUCCCCCCCAACGCCAAAGCCCUGUGGCUGGAUGGCAAUAACUUCACCCUGCUGCCGGCUGCCGCUUUCAGGAACCUCUCGGCCCUGGACUUUCUGGACCUGCAGAGCAGCCAGCUGGCCGCCGUGGAGCAGCACGCCUUCCACGGGCUGCGGAGCCUCUACCACCUCCAUCUUGAACGCAACCGCCUCAAGCACUUGGCGCCCCACACCUUCCUGCACACCCAAAACCUCGUCUCCCUCAGCCUCAACAACAACUACUUCAGUAAGGUGGAGGAAGGGCUGUUUGCUGGGCUCUCCAACCUCUGGUAUCUGAACCUGGGCUGGAACUCACUUGUGGUCCUGCCUGACAAGGUCUUCCAUGACUUGCCCAACUUGAGGGAGCUGAUCCUGGCUGGGAACAAGCUCCCCUACCUCCAGCACCAGCUCUUCUGCAGCCUGACCGAGCUGAAGGAGCUGGAUCUGAGUGGCAACGCACUCAAGGGCAUCAAGAUCAACAUCUUCGUCAAGCUGCAGAAGCUACAGAAGCUGUACCUGAACCACAACCAGAUCAACGCCAUUGCGCCCCGCGCCUUCAUGGGCAUGAAGUCCCUCCGGUGGCUGGAUCUCUCCCACAACCGGCUCGUCUCGCUGUUUGAGGACACGUUUCUGGGCCUCCUGAGCCUGCACGUCCUACGCUUGUCCACCAACUCCAUCGUCAGCCUGAGGCCCAGGACUUUCAAAGACCUCCAGUUCCUGGAGGAGCUGCAGCUGGGGCACAACAGGAUCCGAAGCCUGGCAGAAAAGACCUUCGAUGGGCUGGGCCAGCUGGAGGUCCUCAGCCUCAACAACAACCAGCUACAAGACAUCAGGGUUGGGGCAUUCCUGGGGCUGUAUAACGCGGCCGUGAUGCACUUGUCUGCAAACUGCAUCAAGGUCCUCCCUGACUACGUCUUCAAGGGGGUCACCAAGUUGCACAGCCUCCACCUGGAGCACAGCUGCCUUGGCAGGAUCCGGGCAAACACCUUCUCCAGCCUCUCCAGCCUGCGGCGGCUCUUCUUGCAGCACAACGCCAUCUCUGUCAUCGAAGACCAAAGCUUCAGUGAGCUGCAUGAGCUCCUGGAGCUCGACCUGAAGCACAACAGGCUGAGCCACCUCUCGCCCCGGCUCUUUGUGGGUCUGAGCAACCUGGAGUACCUCUUCCUUUCCUCCAACCAGCUCCUGGAGAUCUCCCAGGACACCUUCAGCCCGCUCCAGAGACUCUUCUGGCUCGACCUCUCCCAUAACCAGCUGGAGAUGCUGGACAACACCGUCAUUUCUCCCCUGGCCAACCUGCGGUACCUCAGCCUGAGGAACAACUCGCUGGAGACCUUCUCGGUGGGUUUCCUGUGUGCCUCCUUCGCCCUGGAGCAGCUCUGGCUGGGGGGCAACAACUGGCACUGCAACUGCUCCCUGAAGGGCCUGCGGGACUUCUCCCUGCAGCACCCCGUGGUGGUCCCACGCUUCGUGCAGUCCGUGGCCGAGGGGGACGAUGCCCAUGUCCCCGUCUACACCUACAACAACCUCACCUGCCUCCAUCCCCCGGCCGUGGCGGGCCUGGACCUCCGCGACACCACCGAGGACAGCUUUGCUCACUGCUGAGGUGCAUUGGCUCUUCCCAGAGGACACGUCGCUUCCUGGCCACGGACCCUCGCCUGCCACCUCCCUGGCCCCAUCCUGGGCUCCCCGGGGCAGCAGCAGGAGCUCUGGCUCUGCGGCCACCCCAGGUUAGCCCAGCUUUGCCACCGCCUCCAGCUGCUCAUCGUGGUGCUGCCGCAGCAAGGAGAGCUGUGCCCAGGCGAUGCCGGACAGGCAGCGGCUCCCCAGGCUUCAAACUGAAAAAUUUCUGUCCUUUAAUAUUUAAAUAGCGGCCCCCGGGGUUAGCGUGGUCGCUCCCGUUGGAAGCGUGAGCAUCUCUGAGCCUCCGGGAUGGGGCGAAAGCUGCACCCCCAGCUCGGAGCCCUCCCCACGGCAAGGGGCACCCCUGCCAGGGCCAGGACUCAGAGGGACAAAACAAAGCAUCUUCCUGCCAUGGAGCAGCCAAGAAAUUCUAAAAGCCCCCUGAGCUCCCCGGUAGGUUUAAGGAAGCGGGGAGAUGACUUGCUUUAAUCAUUCCUUGCACUAGCAGGUGUAGGCAGGGUGCAGAAAGCCGCACACGUCACAUACCUGAUAAAUCGUAGCAGACAAAUAAACCUUUGGAGCUAUCGCAA